ACUCACUGCGCCUGCGCCACAGUUUUGCGACAGUGCUCACACGUGUUAUACACGGUGCUCGCUGCUCCUCUGAUUCCCUGUGUUUCUCUGUUUUGAUCUAUUUCUGCUGGAAGUUUGAUUAUUAAUCUGGUUAUAAUGCGGCCGCUGACGGACGAGGAGACUAAGACCAUGUUUGAGAAGCUCUCUAAGUACAUUGGUGAGAACAUCAAACUGCUUAUUGAUAGACCUGACGGAACAUACUGCUUCAGACUUCACCAUGACCGUGUUUAUUACAUCAGUGAAAAGAUGCUGAAGAUGGCCACCAACAUCUCUCGAGACAAGCUGGUAUCUGUUGGCACGUGUUUUGGAAAGUUCACGAAGACUCAGAAGUUUCGGCUACAUAUAACAGCUCUGGAUUUUCUCGCUCCGUAUGCCAAGUAUAAAGUGUGGGUGAAGCCUGGAGCAGAGCAGUCGUAUCUCUAUGGCAACCACAUCAUGAAGUCAGGCCUGGGACGGAUUACAGAAAAUACUGCACAGUACCAGGGAGUGGUUGUGUACUCCAUGGCAGAUGUACCUCUGGGCUUUGGAGUGGCGGCAAAAAACACACAGGAGUGCCGGAAAGUCGACCCCAUGUCUAUUGUGGUUUUCCACCAAGCUGAUGUUGGUGAAUACAUUAGAUGUGAGGACACGCUGACCUAAGAGAAUCACGGAUUUCAACAUGGACUGAUAAUUACUGUUUGUUAGUGGCUGGACUGAAGAGAGCCGUCUGUUAAAUGUACAAGAGACCAAAAUGUGCAAAAUGUGUUCCAUACAUUAAUGCCAUUUUGGACCGGUCUUUGGAAUCAUUGUCUCACCACCUGUCGAAGAAUAAGGUGAAAUAAUUACCUGUGUCUCAGACCUUGCAGACAAGUGUUUCCUGCCAUGAAUGACUUUUGCUGUGACAUACAGUGUAUUUGACCUUUUCUCACAUUGUUAAAAAAAAUCUGAAAUCUGUUUUUUGUAUUUUGUGGCAAGAAGAAUAUAUAAACAUAAAAAAAAAAUAUUUGUUGACUUUGUUUAAGAAAA